AGGUGUCAGUUGACACUGACGAUGACGUAUUUACUUCCUACACAAAAGAGCCAAGGCAGAAAGGCAAAUAGAAGCUAACUUCUGCAAGUAGAAGCUGGAUGGAAAGGGGUAUGCUGACAGCUGCCUUGGCAGACUCCAACUCCAGCACCAUGAACGGGUCCUUUGCUCACCUCCACUUUGCCGGUGGGUACCUGCCCUCUGACUCCAAGGACUGGAGGACCAUAGUCCCAGCUCUUUUGGUGGCUGUCUGCCUGGUGGGCUUCGUGGGGAAUCUGUGUGUGAUUGGCAUCCUCCUCCACAGUGCUUGGAAAGGAAAGCCAUCCAUGAUCCACUCCCUGAUUCUGAAUCUCAGCCUGGCUGAUCUCUCUCUCCUGAUGUUUUCUGCACCUGUCCGAGCUACAGCAUACUCCAAAGGUGUUUGGGAUCUAGGCUGGUUUGUCUGCAAGUCCUCUGACUGGUUCAUCCACACAUGCAUGGCAGCCAAGAGCCUGACAAUCGUUGCAGCGGCCAAAGUAUGCUUCAUGUAUGCUUGUGACCCAGCCAAGCAAGAAAAUAUCCACAACUGCACCAUCUGGUCGGUGCUGGCAGCCAUCUGGGCUGUCGCUAGCCUGCUACCCCUGCCAGAAUGGUUCUUUAGCACCACCAGGCAUCACGCAGGUGUGGAAAUGUGCCUCAUGGAUGUACCCGCUAUGGCCGAAGAGUUCAUGUCAACGUUUGGUAAGCUCUACCCUCUCCUGGUAUUUUGCUUUCCGUUACUCUUUGCCGGCUUUUAUUUCUGGAGAGCUUAUGGCCAAUGUCAGAAACGAGGAAAUAAGACUCAAAAUCUUCGAAGCCAGAUGCACUCAAAGCAACUCACAGUGAUGUUGCUGAGCAUUGCCAUCACCUCCGCUAUUCUGUGGCUCCCUGAAUGGAUAGCGUGGUUGUGGAUGUGGCAUCUGAAGGCCGGAGGCCCGGCCCCACCGCAAGGUUUUAUAGCCCUGUCUCAAGUCCUAAUGUUUUCCAUCUCUUCAGCAAAUCCUCUCAUUUUUCUAGUGAUGUCAGAGGAGUUCAAGGAAGGCUUAAAAGGCUUAUGGAAAUGGAUGAUAACAAAAAAACAUCCAACUGCUUCAGAGUCUCAGGAAACACCCACUGGUAACUCACAGGUCCUUCGUGACAAUGUUCCAUCUCCAGAAUCCCCAUCAUCCAUCCCAGAGAGAGAGAAAACUAGCUCUCCCUCAUCCAGCAAAGAGAAGGCUGAGAAGGCAGAGAUUCCCAUUCUCCCUGAUGUAGAGCAGUUUUGGCAUGAGAGAGACACAGUCCCUUGUGUACAGGACAAUGACCCUAUCCCCUGGGAACACGAAGAUCAAGAGACAGGAGAUGGUGAUAAAUAG